AGCAACCGCAGAGCAGAGAGAGAGAGAGAGAGAGAGAGAGAGAGAAAGAGGGAGAGAAAACCAACAAAACUGCCUAGCACAAGCAUGGACGAUUUUUCGCUCGCGUUCGACGACAACCGGCAGUCGCUGUCGGUGGCGACGGCGGCCACCACGCUCGCCCAGCUGACGUCCCAGUUCGACGAUCUGCACCUCGGCACCGGCGGUGCGGACGCGACAAGCCUGCUGAGCGGGCUGGUGGGGGCCGGCGGGCUCGGCAGCAUCGGCGGGCUGCACCAUCACCAUCACACGCUCGCGUCCCUGGCCGCCGCCGCCGGUCCGGACAGUGGGCUGCUCGAUCGGCACCACCAUCACCAUCUGGGCGGCUGUGCCAACGGCGGCACCGGUGGUGGGGCCCCGGGCCACCAUACGCCCAACUCUACCAGUGCUGCGGCCGCCGCCGCCGCCGCCACCAACGUGCUGGAUACGUUUGUCGCGAUGGUCAGCGGGCUGACGGGCGUGUGUGCGGCGAACGGCGGCAGCACCAACGGUACCGUCGGCCCGACCGGGGGCCUCGGUGGAGUAGUGAAUGGUGGUGGUGGCGGUGGCGGUGGCGGCGGUGGCGGUGGCAACCUCAUAACCAGCAACGGCACGACCAACGGCGGCAGCGGCAAGCUCGAGGAGCGCCCGGUCAAGUACAAGUCGCACACGGAGUGCGUGCCAGUGCCGUCGUCCGAGCACGUGGCCGAGAUCGUCGGCCGCCAGGGCUGCAAGAUAAAGGCGCUGCGGGCGAAGACGAACACGUUCAUCAAGACGCCGAUCCGGGGCGAGGAGCCGAUCUUCGUCAUCACCGGCACGAAGGAGGACGUGACGCGGGCGAAGCAGGAGAUACUGUCCGCGGCGGACCAUUUCAGCACCCUGCGCUCGUCGAAGAAGCAGGCGAUCGCGCUGCUGGCGGAAAGCCGCAACAUGCUCGGGUACAGCAUGCCGGACGAGAUCACGAUCCAGAUCCGGGUGCCGCAGAAGGUGGUCGGGCUGGUCGUCGGGCCGAAGGGGGCCACGAUCAAGAACAUCCAGCUCAAGACGAACACGUACAUCAUCACGCCGAAGCGCAACCAGGAGUCGGUGUUCGAGAUAACCGGCCUGCCGACGAACGUGCACACCGCCCGGCAACUGAUCGAGGAGCACAUUGCGACGCGGGCCGGCACCACCACCUCCGGCGCGGCUGGCGGCAACGGGGGCGGCGGUGGCGGUGGAGGUGGUGGAGGCGGUGGGGGUAGCAGUGGGGGCAGUAGUAGCAGCAGCAGCAGUAGCAGCACCACCAGCUCGAGCGGCUCGUCCACGUCCUCGUCCGGGCACGGCAUUGGCCCGGGGGGCGGUGGCGGCGGCGGCGGUGGUGGUGGUGGGCUGAGCCGGUCCGGGUCGUCCAGUGGGGCGAGCAACGGUGGCAACGGGCCGGGCCUGGGCUGCCUGUCCGGGAGCGUGACCGGCAGUGCGGGCUCCCUCAUCGGAGGCUUCGGCGGCGGCGGAAACGGUCUGCUAAACGGGAACCAAUACCACCACCAUCACCAUCAUCUGGAGCAGCAGCAGCACAACAAUCACCAUCAUCUGCACCAUCCGCACCACCAGGGGACGCUGCUGAAUGGCGGAAGCCUGUCCAGUGCCUUGAACGACGGUGGCGGCGGCGGCACCAACGGGCUGCUCGGUGGCAUCGGCAGCGAGCACGACUUCGAGGGCAACCAGUUCAUCAUCGACAAUCUGCUCGAGUACUUCAACAACAUGUCCGGCACGAACCAGCAGCAGCAGCAGCAGCACCAUCACCACCAGCAGCACCACCACCACCAACACAACCACCACGAGCCGUACCUGUCGCCCGGCGCCGGCGGGACCGGGAUCGGCGGCGAGCACAUACCCGACUUCCGCAGCAUCUGGGAGAGCCUGAGCGAAAGCCAAACGUCCGGCACGACCACCGACAACUCGGACAACUCGUCGCUCGUCUGGACGCUGCCGUCGUCGCCGCGCAACUCCGUCUCGUACAGCCCGGACGAUUUCAUCUUCCAGCGAUAGAAUGUGUGCCGCGGCACCAGGGAACAACAACUGAAGCAAUACAGCCGGCGCAAAGAGGGGGAGAACCCGCACACAACGUUUUGGAUCCUUUGAACGGUGAAGGAGAAGAGAGAGAGAGAGAGAGGAUCGCUCAAAGCUACACACAAUUCUCGUUGUACGAUCGUUCCUGGUUGAGCCGCUCGAAUGGCGCCGGAGCCUGUCGGUCGUUCUGAAGGGGUUACUGUUUUAAUUUGUGAUUUGCGAGCGCACGAGAUACUGUUUCGAUUGUAUUUUUGUACUUUUUUUUAAACUUGUUUGUCUUUGUCCCCAUUGUGUUGUAGUUGCUUUUACAGUUUUCGAGCUUUUGGAGGCGCAAUAGCGCCCGUUGCAUAGGAGAAAAGAGGAGAAAAGAAACCAAAAGGAAGCGCAGGGGGAAACCGCCGGAGCGUUUUUCGUGUUAUUCUAUAAGACUCUAAGGGAUACAGAGAGAGAGGGAGAGAGAGAGAGAAGGUCGAGGAGAGCACAACACGGCAAAGGUUGUUUGUUUGUUUUGACUUGCGUGUAAUUAAGUUUUGUUUUUAAAAUAAUUUAAAUUAAUCUUUAAGUUUUAUAGUUGCUCAUCCGGUUCGCUUUUAAGCAAGCAAAAUACCGAGAAGAGGAAGAGGAAGAAAAAAGAAGCGACACAGCAUCCCAGUUACAUUUGUAUUUGUCCUAUGCGAGCAUGCUGGAGGGCGGCUCUAAUCGUAGUUAACACAGCCCCCAAGUGGCCAGGAGCAGGCAGAAGCGAUACACACCCAAUACAUUUACACACACAAUGAGCACAAGCGCAUUUUCCAGAACAGGAGGCAAGGCGCGUAUAUUAUUAAAACGAGAAAAAAAACAUCACAUACACGAAAAGAAGAGCGGAGCUUUAUACUAAUUUAACUAUUGUAUAGGUUUACAUGAACUCUAGCAUUUUAGGGUGUGAAAUCGCACACACACACACGCGUACAGAAUGAGAUUUGUUGUUCGGGUUCCGGUGGUGUGUUGCGGGUGGGGGUACACGACCAUUGUUGGAUUUAUCCAUCAUUGUUUGGCUAAUCCCCUUAAUUAAUCCCACACACACACACACGCCCACACACGUACAGAAUGAGAUUCGGAUUGGUUUUGGGAGGGGGGGAAACUCUCAUGUUAGCUCAUCCAAAACAACCUAGCAAGAAUAUUUCAUCCCCAUUUUCAGCGAUUAGAGAGACACACAUACACACACACAUACACACACACGCUCAGAUUGUGGCAAUAAUGGUGAAAGAGGGAGUGGAUGUGAAUUUUAAUAAUUAAAAAGUAAUAAUAUUAGCAAGCCAAGGAUGAUCUGUGUGUGUAUGUGGUGUGUGUGUGGGAUGUAUAAGGAGCAAAGGCGCGCCAGUGUAUAGUAAAACGUGUUUAACAACUGAAGUUUAAAUGCCUAAACGAAAAACGAAAGGGAAGCGUGAGAGAGAUAGAGGGAGCAUUAGAGGGCAAACAAAGAAAAGAACAGUAGCCAGCAGGACACACCGGGUGGAGGGGUCCAGUUUUCUUUUAAAAAUAUUUGUUAAAUUCUGUUUUUAUUUUUCCCCGGAAAAGGAAAAGUCACGUUACAUGCAGCCUGGGAGCGCGAAACGCGACAACAGCGAGCGAAAUUACCUCCAAAAACGGAAAUAUUUUGAAAAACUUGCUUGUUUUUGUCCGCUUGUGUUCUGUUGGUUUUGUUGAGCGAGAGACAUUAGUUAAUGCGUGAAAAAGUGGUACGGAAAUUUUGGGUUUUUGGCUCUCGGUUGGUACGAAUACAGGUGAUUUGCGUCCAGGCGUCCAGGCUGCCUCAAAAACACACCCCCAAACACACUGCCGGUUGAAAGUUUAGGGAGCAAAGCGGAAAUGUAGCAGUGAUACUAGCAAUUGAUGUUUGUUUUUUUUUUCAAGUCAUAUAGAACACGAAGGUGUGUAUCGCGUUUUGUUCUUUUUAUGGUGUCAUUGAGCGCGCAAAGGUGUACUAAGUAAUUUAUUUUUUAUCUGCUGUGUAUAGUUUAUUUUAUUUUUAUUUUGUUCUUUGGAGAGUAUUUAUACAUCGGAUAGGCGGACCGGCAAUGUGUAUGUGUGUGUGUGGUGUGAUGAUGGUAAUGAAGCAUGAGCAUGAUGAUAAUGAAGAAGUGAUUUAGCAGUGAGGGUUAGAUAGAUAGUUACAUAGUUAGAGAGCGAGAUGCAAGCCGACUGGCAAGAGGAGCAAAUGGAAUAAACACACACACAUACACACAUGCCGGUAUGCGCGGUAUGAGACAAGUAGUCCACAGGAUUAUAUAUGGGGAAGAGUUGGAAGGCGAAGAAACCGGAUGUGAGUAAAACAAUUUGCCAAGGCGCUUCAAACUAAUCAAACGUAAGAACGGGGACGUGAAAACAUAUGGAAAAUGUAGUAACACAAAACGUUAAAGAAGAGUGAAAAUAUUAUUAUGAAAAAAAUAUAUAUUAUAUCUAUAUUAUAUGUUAAUCUACAAUGAUAACACACACUGCGUAAAAGAGCGAACCUCGAAAUAAAAAUAAAAAAAUAGGAGGAGCGGGAGCAGGGUGGUACCAAAACGCGUAAGCAAACGAAUAAUAAUGAUAACUAAUUAAUAGUAACACUCUAUCACCAUUCGGCUUAAAAGUGGCAGAGAAAGAGAAAGAACAGAGAGAAAGAGAGAAGAAAAAAUAAACAGAGAAGGAGAGAGAGAUAGAGAGAGCGCGCACUGAGAGAAGCAUUACAAAGAAAAUGAAGAACUAUAAUGAAGGUAAUCAUUUACGCAACAGGCAGCAGAACAGAUGCAACCAUUGGCAUUGAGAGCUGUAAACCAAUUAUUGUAAUAUUCGAAACAAAAGCUAACACUGACAAAUGAUGACCGAAUCCCAAAAAAAAUAAGAGAAAAAAACAACGUGCACAACAAACACGAAAGCAGUUUAUUUUUAUAGAACAAAAAGAAGAAGAAGAAGGAGAAGAAGAAGAAUAUUAAACAGGAGCCAUCUAAAGCAUUUAACAUUAGACGGAAGCGUAAGGGACGACGAGAAAGCAAGAAAAAUAAAGAAUAAAUAAAAUAUUGUAACAAAAAAGAAAAUACAGACAGACACACGUAAAAUUGGCUUCCGGGACUGAUGGUGUGAUGGUGUAAUGUCGGGUGUGAUGGUGGUGCCGAGAAGAUUUAUCUAGAGAAAAAAAGGUAAAAAAGGGGAAAAUGCAGUGAAAAGACACUCUUCUUUCUGUCUCUGUCUCUACCACCGGUAGUACUGUGUUCCAUUAUCUCUGGGAAAUUACCGAGGUAAAGCGAAAGCAAAGAGAACAAACAAAACAAAAAAUCGAGAAAGUAAAAAAAAAAAUGAGCAGAGAAAUAAAAAAAGAAGAGAGAAUAAAAAGAAAGAUGAGAUGAAAACAGAUAUUGAAUAUUCCUAUACAGAAAUAUACAUAAAAAAGAUAUAUAUAGAUUAUAUAUAUAGUAUAUAAAUAUAUUUAUGUACAGAUAUACCGCGUGUAGGGUGUAGUGGGUGGAUGAGAGAGGUACGUAAGCUCCGAUUCAGACAGAAGAACCGGUGCAAAGAAAGCAAUGCAAAACAUAUGGAACGAAGAUAAGUGUAAGCUCUAGUAGUAGUUCCGGUAUCGGUGCAACAAACAAGGCACACCUCCCGGCGUCGAGAUUGCUGGGCAUAUUUUUCUGGACAGUGAAACUUUCAUUUUGGACGAAGCGUAAACACUUACGGAGGCCGUGUUGUUGUGUACUUAGACACUCAAAAACAUGGCGGCCAAAUCCGUUGGCGGUUGGCGUAAAUUAUAGGUCGUCCGAAGGAUCGAAGAUCAAGAGAGCUAGAGUCGAUCUAUCAAACAGAGAAAGAGAGAGAGAGAGAGAGAGAGAGAGAGAGAGAGAGAAAAGAGGGAAGAGAGAGAAAAAAUCUGUCGACGCACAUACUACCUUUUUUUAAUCUAAUCGCUCGCUGGUUGAAAGGAAAGAAGCUAAAUUAGUACUUGACGCCAUCAUACUUAAACGUCUAACGGCUUAGAGCAACAAUGUUUUCCGUUUUUUCCCACUGUUCACUAUUCAUCUUACUAUUCAUUACUAUUGCCCGCAACCAUUUAAGGUAGAACUUGAUGGUAAGAGUAUAAUAAGGCACAUACACAUAUACACAUCUGAUGAAGCAGGUAAUAAGUUUCAAGUAGGACUAUGGUCAGAAAGAAGAAAGCAAGACAAGUUGUCCAGAUUCAUUGCAACUAAUGCAGACUUGCGAAUGAGCUCAAAAAGAGAGAGAGAGAGGAUAUAACAGAAAGCAAAAAUAACGAUAUAGAAGAGGGUAGUUGGAGGGCAGAUAAAAAGAAAGAUAUAAAAAGGCGGAAAGGGAGCGAAAGCAACGAGUGAGAGAAAAAGGGAGAAAGAAUUGAGAUAGAAAUAUAGAAAAGAGUGCGAGAUGUGAAAAGGAAGAGGGAAAGAGAAGAGAAUAGUAAGAUGGCGUACGGAAGCGUCAGUAUAUGGAUAUACUAUACCAAUAAUUACUAGUAGGGAUAUCACAUUUAUAGAUUUGUUGUCUGUGUCGAUAAGUUUUAUCAUGUUUCUUUGUAUUUAUAUGGAGUUUAUAAAAUGCGAGAGAGAGAGAGAGAGAGAGAGAGAGAGAGAGAGAGAAAGAGAGAGAGAGAGCUAGUUCGAGGGGAGAGAAAAGGAGAGUGGUAGUCUAUUACAUCUCAUGUCCAGAACGUUUUUCUUGAUGGUUCUUAACAAUAUAUUCUAUCCAAUUACCACCUACUAUAUCUAUACUACUAAUCACCACAGCGCAGCAGCGCAGGUAGUCGUAUACAUUUAGCCUAGAAUGCGACCUUCAUUGUCAUCCUGUGCGCUACGAGCUAAAAGCGCUACUUGGUCACAGUGCUGGUCCAAAUUGCUCUUACCGUACCGUACGCGGGACAUCCACUGGGCCCGAUUCCUCAUUAUUAGUUCCCGAUUUUUGUAUGAAUGUGUAUCAGGAUCUGUACCGUAAACGGAUAUCUUCUACCUAGAUGUCUUAGUAUGUGCUUUGUCCAUAGUUACUACGGUACUUUAACGGUCAAAUGAUUUUAAUUGCAAAUCCGAGAUUUUCCGAGAAGAGCUACUAAGAAGAGCUUACUUGAGCACUAAGAAGAAGAGUGUCUAUGUUUCCAUUGUAGUUUAAAUUGAAUGUGCAAUUAUUGGAACGAUAAUACACACACACACCCCACCCACGCACAAAUACCUAUUGGCUCAUUAUCGUUACACAGGUUUUCUUUUCCAUAAUGUUGCUAACCAACAACACAUGCAAUGUACUUACGCUUACACUUAAGGCUUGCAUUCUGACAGCUAUCAACUUUUUGAGCACGAUGUCUCAAACACUUCAACCAUAUCCGCUAGUGUGUGUGUGUAUUUGGAUGAAAUUAUUUAUAGAUUUGUUCUUUGUGUUCUGCUUGAUCAUCCUGCUCAGUAGUCACUAGAGAGAGAGAAAGAUCCACUAAGCAACAUCCCAGUGCAAGUGGUUUCUAUGGACGCGAUAGUGUGUCGGUACAGCAUAGAAAAGAGGAGAGAGAGAGAGUUAAAGAGAGAAAAUAAAUGCGCAAAUAUUCUUCCAACGUUUGAAAAGAAGUGAACGGCGCACGGCAUGUUUUUUUUCAAUUUAGUUGAUUUGUUUGGUACAUUGGUGUAUUGAAACAUAAAAGUCUGACAACGGUUAUUGCUUAGGUUAGGACAACUUAAGACAGAGAAACACGGAGUAUUAGUGGGAAGCGAAUAAUACAGAAAAAAGUAAUAAAAUCAGAGAGAGAGAGAUGGUAGAAAAUAAAUAUAAAAAAAAACAAUAGUUGGACUAAAAGGUGCGACCAAUGAAAGAUUAGUCCACUACUUCCCACUAAGAGGAUAUCUAUAUACACAUACAUGAAUUGAUAAAAGGAUGAGACAACAUUUAGCGAGAAAUAAUGAAGUUUAUCAACACAGUUUGUACAUCCUCUAAUUUCGGGGCAUCGGAUUAUGGUAGGAUGCUGUAUGGAAGGAUAGCUUAAAACAGAACGCACUUUUUCGUACACGUACACGAGUGUGGAGGUUAAGAAUCCGAUCAUGGAUUGUACAUGCAUGAACACAUACUAUUAUCUCACAGCUGUACCGUAACUAUCGCAAACAUUACAACGCAUUACUCUCUCGAUCCUAAAUACACUACUGUACACCCAUACACAUACAAACAGGUGUAACUGUAAUGGAAAGCGGAGUGGAAGUAACUAGGAAGAAGCAUCAAAAUGGAACAUGGCGUCAAGCUAAACACUGAGAAAGUGGAAUGGAGAUAGAAAAGAAAGAAAGAGCGAAGUAGAAGAGAGAGAUACCCAUUAUCGAUACACGAUAAGAGCUCAAUUUUAUAUCGAAAUUUAUAUACAUACUUGAUAGAUAAAGAAAAUGUAAGAGUUAUAAACAGCAGAAGAACGAAAAAGAAAAACGAUAAAGCAAUAGAAGACGAUGAUGCUGCGCAAAAAACAAACCCCCAAAAGCGGAACAAGCAAGAAAACUGAAAGCAAAUGCACCUCUCGAAUACUAAAAAAAAAACACUGAAAACUGCUGAACAGCGCCACAGAUUUUGUUACCUAUAUAUGCGUGGGGUUUGCGUUUAGGUCUGCGUUGUUAUGUUAGUUAUAGCUUUGUUCUCUUCUAAUCUUGUUGGUAAUUUUUUGUUUUACGUUUUUUAGAGAAAUUGAGCACUUUCUAAAGAGUUUUUAAAACAAAACCGAAACCGCAGCAGAUCUAAAGAACUACCAAUCCCGUUCCACUGCCGCUGCGCAAUAUAUCAAUCACACUCUGCGGUGACAGUUGAAAGCAAUUACAGCGGGCACUACCCCGCGUGAACUUCCUUCUCUGUUAGUAGGCUUAAGUUUUCGUGAUUAAGUUUCGACGCGGUGCACCACGCGCCACACUUUGGUAAAUCGGCAUUAGCAGGAGAGAGGGAGAGAUGUUCACACUAUAUAUAUCAAAGCGCGGUGUGGUCGUCCAGUGCCUAAGGAACCGGGUGGUCCGGGCCCUCACACUUAGUGCAUCAGCUGCCGUACACGUGUGGGUGUACACGCACCGCCGUAGCUUAGCGCAAACAUGUGUGCGUGAAAACCCCCAAAACAAAACCAAGCAAAACGAUAAAAAACAGCCCGGGAUAAAAGCUGAGAGGAAGAGGGACAUUUAAAAAGGGAAACACUAUCGAAGAUGACUUUUUUCGUUUUGUUUUACUAAUACUGCUAUUACAACUACUAAUACUACUCUUAUAACGACUAUUACUACUACUAAACACUCUAGCCUCCUCUCCAUCCAAACAAAAAAAACAAGCUUUUUUAAUGCUGCUCUCCACUGCUAGUGUAGGAUCUUACACAACGGGGCUCUGUCCACACGACCGCCCCCCGUGAACUGUACUAACGUUGACACACGGGGGAGAGACGGUACACUAACGCUCGCGUAUAGUGACAUUUAACACCCGUGGCAAGCACACUAGCGGCGUCAUGAAUGCAACCAAAACGGUAAAGCAAAACCGGUGGAUAAUAAUCGCAUGAAUGUUUAAACAAUUGCAGAUACUUAUAAGCCGACAGAGAGAGAGAGAAAAUGAAGGUCGAGAGAGAUAGAAAGAGAAAAAGGAGUUUUGUACGAAUAGUAAAAUCAAAUUAGUCGACAGUUCGAGAGUAGGUGGACGCACGCGCUCCAUCGCCCAAUGCGCACGCGUGUGAUGACGCGUUGGGCAGUUGGACAGUAUCGGAAGAUCUAUAGUUUUUAGUAUACAAUAUACCAAUCAUGAAGCAAUGCCCUCGUAAUCUGAUGACUGGAUAGAAAAAUAUAUAAUUAUAUACAUAUAAGAGACAUUACUAUACUUGGUGUAGCAAGAUCAUCCUCAUUCUUACCCCCCUCAUACCCUCCCCCGUCUCCAGCCUCACCAUACACACACACAUUCAUCAGUGAGAGAGAGAGAGAGAGGAAGUUGCGGGAAGUGAAUUUUAUAAAGAUGGCGAGCAAGCAGGAGAAAUGUCUUGCCAAGUUCGGCCAGGUCCAAUGUCAUUAUAACACACACCGAGAGAUCCACAUACAGCCGCAACGUAACAUACACCUUCACCCGAACAAAACGGCAUGUGGGGAGGGGAGAAGGCUUUCCAGGGGAGGAGAGGGACACACAGAGCGACACAGCGAACUAAAUAAAGAGAGAAAGAAAAAAAAACCGAAACCGAUAACGUAGAGCCGAGGCGCGUAAGAGGUGUAGCGGAGCGGUGGUCGUACGAAGACGAAGAAGACUGUAAUGCACUACUCCUAAAAUAUGUUGUAUGGGAAGUAUUUAGAACAAAACAAACAAAAAAAGAACGGUGAAACGCGUGAAACAAGAAUAUCUAAUAAAAGUCUUAUAAAUUAGA